GAAUUGAAUUGAAGACUGACAGGAUGGAGGAGAGCAAAGCCAUGAGGAAGCUGCGGGUGUGCGUGGCAACGUGUAACCGGGCAGACUACUCCAAGCUGGCACCCAUCAUGUUUGGCAUCAAGGCCAACCCGGAUGAGUUUGAGCUGGAGGUGGUGGUGCUGGGUUCCCAUCUCAUUGACGAUUAUGGCAACACGUUCCGGAUGAUCGAGCAGGAUGACUUUGACAUCGGCUCCAAGCUGCACACCAUCGUGCGUGGGGAGGACGAGGCCGCCAUGGUGGAGUCAGUGGGUCUGGCGCUGGUCAAGCUGCCAGAUGUCCUCCACCGUCUCCGUCCCGACGUUCUGGUCGUCCACGGCGACGCCCUCGCCCUGGCAACUGCUGCCGCUCUGAUGAACAUUCGCAUCCUGCACCUGGAGGGAGGGGAGGUGAGGGGAUGGAGGAAGUGA